AUGAACCAAUGUGUGUACGUGUACAAGUUACAGGUUACAGGUUACAGGUGUGUACAUGCACAGAUUACAGGUUACAGGUGUGUAGGUGUGCAGGUUACAGGUGUGUAUGUGUACAGGUUACAGGUCUGUACAUGCACAGAUUACAGGUUACAGGUUACAGGUGUGUACGUGUACAAAUUACAGGUUACAGGUCUGUACAUGCACAGAUUACAGGCUACAGGUAUGUACGUGCACAGAUUACAGGUUACAGGUAUGUAUGUGUACAGAUUACAGGUUACAGGUGUGUAUGUGUACAGGUUACAGGUUACAGGUGUGUACAUGCACAGGUUACAGGUUACAGGUAUGUACGUGUACAGGUUACAGGUGUCCACAUGUCCAGGUGUGCAGCUGUCCAGGUGUCCAGGUGUCCAUGUGUCAAUGUGUCCAUCUGUCCAGGUGUCCAUGAGUCAUGUGUCCAUGUGUCCAUUUGUCCAGGUGUCCAGGUGUCCAUGUGUCCAGCAGAAGAACCACACCAUGUUCUACACCAAAUUUCCUUCCUGGGUGCAUUUUCCCCCUGGCAGCAGGAAUUCAUGUGUCACCAAAACCAUCAGUAUUCCAGUGUUUGGGAAAAGAAAACUCCUUGAAAUCUUCCCUGCACUGUCUGGCUCUGGUCGCAUCGGCACCUGCAGACCUGAGCCUGGAGGAGGGGGCAGGAAUCAGGUCCAAGCAGAAACCAAGUCAGGUUUCUCCGAGACAAUCCACGGAGAGCAGGUUCACGCACGGGCACAGCAGGGCACGGAGCUGCUGGGUUUCAUGGAGCACUUCCCAGCCAGGUUGUCGGGGCCACACAAGCGCUCGGAUUGCGCCGCGCAGCUCCCGCCGCGGAUCUGGCACUGGCAGCUGGUGCCUUUCCACGAGGAAACACUCGGAGCUGAGGGGACAUGUGCACAGCAUCCUGUGCCUCCUACCCUGCUUGUCAUGUUCUUCAUCCAAGUUUCCAAGGCAAUUCUGAGCACACCCAGCCCCUUUGACAGAUCUUCCCCUUUGAAAGCUGGAGCUGGCAGUUUGGCACAGAGGGACCCAGCAAAGCUGCACAUCAGCUGUUAUGUCCAAGAGGAAGACUUAAAGGAAGAGGAAGAUAUAAAAGAGGAGGAGGAAGAUGAUGAUGACAACAACUCCACUGCUCAGCUGCAGGGCAGCAAUGACACUGGCACGGAUGAGGAGCACGAAGUGGGUCCUGAGCAGAAGGGGAACUUCAGUUUCCAGAAUUCCCCUGUCAGCCACAUAUCCAACCAGGACGCAGAGAACGAAUCACUACUGAGUGACGGUAGUGACCAUGUGGCAGAUAUCAAAAACAUCUGCUCCAGGGAGCCCCAGGACCCCAAAGGCAGCGCCCACCCCAAAGCCCAGAGCGAAGCACACGAUUGCAUGGAUAAAAUGACAGCAGUCUAUGCCAACAUCCUGUCGGACUCUUACUGGACGGGCUUGGGGCUGGGUUUCAAGUUGUCCAACUCUGAAAAGAGGAGUUGCGACAACAGGAACGGAGGGAGCAAAGCUGAUUUCGAUUGGCACCAGGACGCUCUGUCCAAAAGCUUGCAGCAGAAUUUACCUUCCAGGCCUGUCUCCAAGCCCAACCUGUUCAGCUCGGUGCAGCUGUACAGGCAGAGCAGCAAAAUGUGCGGGACUGUGUUCACGGGCGCCAGCCGGUUCCGCUGCCGGCAGUGCAGCGCUGCCUACGACACCUUGGUAGAACUCACGGUCCACAUGAACGAGACAGGGCACUACCAGGAUGACAACCACAAAAAGGACAAGCACAGACCUACCAGCUACUCCAAGCCCCGGAAAAGGGCGUUCCAGGACAUGGACAAGGAAGAUGCACAAAAAGUUCUGAAGUGCAUGUUCUGUGGUGACUCUUUUGAUUCCCUUCAAGAUCUGAGUGUUCAUAUGAUAAAAACAAAACAUUACCAAAAAGUGCCUUUGAAGGAGCCGGUACCAACCAUUUCUUCAAAAAUGGUCACUCCAGCCAAGAAACGUGUGUUUGAUGUGAACAGGCCUUGCUCCCCCGACUCCACGACGGGGUCUUUCUCCGACACCUUCUCUCCUCAGAAGAACACGAACCUGCAGCUCUCCUCCAACAACCGCUACGGGUACCAGAACGGGGCCAGCUACACCUGGCAGUUCGAGGCGUGCAAAUCCCAGAUUCUGAAGUGCAUGGAAUGUGGAAGCUCCCAUGAUACCUUGCAGCAGCUCACGACUCACAUGAUGGUCACUGGCCAUUUCUUGAAAGUCACAAGUUCAGCGUCAAAGAAAGGAAAGCAACUUGUUCUGGAUCCUUUAGCUGUGGAAAAAAUGCAAUCGCUGUCUGAAGCGCCAGCCAGUGACAGCCCCGUUUUAAAAUCAAGCAGUAAAUCAUCUGCAGAAUGCAUAGGUCCUGCCUCUGAACUUAAAAAAGAAAGCAAAAAAGAUAAAGCUGAUGAUGCAAACAAAGAUGAGAAAGCAAUGAAAACUGAGGAGUAUGACGACAGUCUUCAGAAACCCCUGGAUCCCACAAUGAAAUACCAGUACCUCCGAGAAGAAGAUUUAGAAGACGGUUCAAAGGGUGGUGGGGACAUUUUGAAGUCCUUGGAGAACACGGUCACGACAGCCAUCAAUAAAGCUCAGAACGGAGCUCCCAGCUGGAGUGCUUAUCCCAGCAUCCACGCAGCUUACCAGCUCUCCGAGGGAGCCAAGCCGUCCUUGCCUGUGGGAUCCCAGGUGCUCCAAAUCAGGCCAACCAUGACCAAUAAAUUGAGGCCCAUAGCACCCAAGUGGAAGGUGAUGCCUCUGGUCCCUAUCUCAGCAAACGUCAGCCAGUGCACUCAAGUGAAGAAGGAGGCUGAGGACAAGGAGGAGGUACAAAAGGACUAUGCUAAGGAGGGCAUCCAGGCUGAGCCAGCCUCACUCAGCCAGAGUGAGAGGGAACCUCCCCUCAAAGCUGAAGCCUCUGCGGAGCUAAAAAAGAUAGAACCGUGCCCCUUGAAAGAAGAAGACAAAAUUAAAGAGGACAGUGGAAAAGAAAAGCCAGCCCUCAAGGAGGCACCAUCAGCUUGUCUCAGCAAUGGUUGUGCUGCUGCCAGCCAUUCCUCGGAGCUGCCCUGUGUGAACCCCCUGAGCGCGCUGCAGUCAGUCCUGAACAAUCACCUGGGCAAAGCCACCGAGCCCUUACAGCCUCAAUCCAACUGCAGCCCCAGCUCUAGCACAAUUUCCAUGUUCCACAAACCCACUCUAAAUAUGAUGGAGAAGCCAGUUUUGUCUCCCGCUCCAACCCCACCAAAGCCUGCAAGCGUUUCCAGGCACUAUUUGUUUGAAAACAAUGAUCAGCCUAUUGACCUGACCAAAUCCAAAGGCAAGAAAGCUGAGUCAGCUCAAGCACAAUCUUGUACUUCUCCACCUCAAAAGCACGCUCUGUCUGACAUCGCUGACAUGGUCAAAGUUCUUCCCAAAGCUACCACACCAAAACCUGCUGCGUCCUCAAGGAUCCCGUCCAUGAAGUUGGAAAUAGAUGUCCGACGCUUCGAGGACGUCUCCACGGAAGUCUCCACUCUGCAUAAAAGGAAGGGCAGGCAGUCAAACUGGAACCCUCAGCAUCUGCUCAUUUUGCAAGCUCAGUUUGCUUCCAGCCUCUUCCAGACAUCUGAAGGUAAAUAUUUAUUAUCAGAUCUAGGCCCACAAGAGCGCAUGCAGAUUUCCAAAUUCACUGGACUGUCGAUGACCACCAUCAGCCACUGGUUGGCAAAUGUCAAGUAUCAACUUAGGAAAACCGGAGGAACAAAGUUUUUGAAAAACAUGGACAAAGGACAUCCAGUCUUUUAUUGCAGCGACUGUGCAUCUCAGUUCCGAACCCCUUCUACUUACAUUAGCCACUUAGAAUCCCACCUAGGUUUCCAAAUGAAAGACAUGAACAGGCUGGCUGUGGAGCAGCAAACCAAGGUAGAGCAAGAAAUCUCCAGAGUUUCAGUUCAAAGAUCUCCUGAAACAAUAGCUGGAGAAGAGGACACAGACUCUAAGUUCAAAUGUAAGUUGUGCUGUCGGACAUUUGCGAGCAAACAUGCAGUAAAACUUCAUCUAAGCAAAACACACAGCAAGUCACCAGAACACCAUUCACAAUUUGUAGCAGAAGUGGAUGAAGAAUAA